GGACAGGGCGGCCACCGCUCCCGGGUGCUCAGGUUUCCUGCCGGCAGCACGGCCCAGCGCCUCGGGUAGCUGCGGGUCCUCCAGGUAGUGCGCGAUCCCGCUGCGCUGUGCAGGCCGCUCGCGCUCCUCUCACCCGGCCACCCGGGCCCUGUCGCGCAGCGCUCGGCUCGAUCCCCGCCAGCCGUGAGCUCCUGCCGGGCAGGCACGGGCUGCGAGCGCGGCCUGGUCGGGUCCAGCUCCGCGCGCCCGGCCCCACAGGCGUCAGUGCACUGCAGCCGCUGUCCUGUGCGCCCUGCCUGGCGCGGCACCUGCGCUCCAGCCCGGCCGCCAACCCCCAUGGCCCUGCCCUCCGAACCCGCCGAGAUGCCUCGCCAGUUCCCCAAGUUGAACAUGUCCGAUUUGGACGAGCAAGUCCGGCUGUUGGCGGAGAAGGUGUUUGCUAAGGUGCUCCGAGAAGAGGACAGCAAAGAUGUUAUGUCCCUGUUCACUGUCCCCGAGGACUGUCCCAUCGGGCAGAAGGAAGCCAAGGAGAGGGAGCUCCAGAAGGAGCUGGCAGAGCAGAAGUCUGUGGAGACGGCAAAAAGAAAGAAGAGUUUCAAGAUGAUCCGGUCGCAGUCUCUGUCCCUGCAGAUGCCAACACAACAAGACUGGAAGGGCCCUCCAACUGUCAGUCCGGCCGUGUCUCCUGUAACCCCUCUGGUCCCCGGAGCCACUUCCAAGCCUGGGCCAGCACCCUAUGCCAUGCCCGAGUAUCAGCGGGUCACUAUCAGUGGAGAUUACUGUGCGGGGAUCACUGUAGAAGACUAUGAACAGGCUGCCAAGAGUCUGGCCAAGGCCCUGAUGAUCAGGGAGAAGUAUGCACGGCUUGCCUACCACCGUUUCCCACGGACCACAGCCCAGUACCUGGCUCAUCAAGGGGAAAGUGUACCUUUGGAAGAGGGUCUCCCAGAAUUCCACCCUCCCCCACUGCCCCAAGAAGACCCUUAUUGCCUGGAUGAUGCGCCCCCCAACCUGGGCUAUCUGGUCCGCAUGCAGGGAGGCAUUCUUUUUGUGUAUGACAACCAGACGAUGCUGGAACGCCAGGAGCCCCACAGCCUGCCCUAUCCUGACCUGGAAACCUACAUCGUGGACAUGAGCCAUAUUCUGGCGCUCAUCACCGAUGGCCCCACGAAAACCUAUUGUCACCGGCGACUGAACUUUCUGGAAUCCAAGUUCAGCCUUCAUGAGAUGUUAAACGAGAUGUCAGAGUUCAAGGAAUUGAAGAGUAACCCCCACAGAGACUUCUAUAAUGUGAGAAAGGUGGACACGCAUAUUCACGCAGCGGCCUGCAUGAAUCAGAAGCACUUGCUGCGCUUUAUCAAGCACACGUACCAGACAGAGCCUGACAGAACUGUGGCUGAGAAGCUAGGUCGGAAGAUCACUCUACGGCAGGUGUUUGACAGCCUGCACAUGGACCCCUACGACCUCACCGUGGACUCGCUGGACGUCCAUGCGGGCCGGCAGACAUUCCACCGCUUUGACAAGUUCAACUCCAAGUACAACCCCGUGGGAGCCAGUGAGCUUCGGGACCUGUAUCUGAAGACUGAAAACUUCCUGGGAGGAGAGUACUUUGCUCGGAUGGUCAAGGAGGUGGCCCGGGAGCUGGAGGACAGCAAAUACCAGUACUCAGAACCACGGCUCUCCAUCUAUGGCCGAAGUCCCCAAGAGUGGUCCAGCCUGGCUCGCUGGUUCAUCCAGCACAAGGUCUACUCACCCAACAUGCGCUGGAUCAUCCAGGUGCCCCGGAUCUAUGACAUAUUUAGGUCAAAGAAACUACUGCCCAACUUUGGGAGGAUGCUGGAGAACAUUUUCCUGCCCCUUUUCAAGGCUACCAUCAACCCCCAAGAUCACCGGGAGCUUCACCUCUUCCUCAAAUACGUGACAGGGUUUGACAGCGUGGAUGAUGAGUCCAAGCACAGUGACCACAUGUUCUCAGACAAGAGUCCCAGUCCAGACCUCUGGACCAGUGAGCAGAACCCACCCUACAGUUACUACCUGUACUACAUGUAUGCCAACAUCAUGGUGCUGAACAACCUUCGCAGAGAACGAGGCCUGAGCACGUUCCUGUUCCGGCCUCACUGUGGGGAGGCAGGCUCCAUCACCCACCUAGUGUCCGCCUUCCUGACUGCUGACAACAUUUCCCACGGGCUGCUCCUCAAGAAGAGUCCUGUGUUGCAAUAUCUCUACUACCUUGCUCAGAUCCCUAUUGCCAUGUCUCCUCUCAGCAACAACAGCCUGUUUCUGGAAUAUUCCAAGAACCCGCUUCGGGAAUUCCUGCACAAAGGGCUGCAUGUCUCGCUCUCCACCGAUGACCCCAUGCAGUUCCAUUACACCAAGGAAGCACUCAUGGAGGAGUAUGCCAUCGCAGCCCAAGUGUGGAAGCUGAGCACAUGUGAUCUGUGUGAGAUCGCCAGGAACAGCGUGCUGCAGAGCGGCCUCUCGCAUCAGGAGAAGCAGAAGUUUUUGGGUCAGAAUUAUUACAAAGAAGGACCAGAGGGCAAUGACAUCCGCAAGACAAAUGUCGCGCAGAUCCGGAUGGCGUUCCGCUACGAGACCCUGUGCAAUGAGCUCAGCUUCCUGUCCGAUGCCAUGAAGUCCGAGGAGAUCACAGCCCUGACCAAAUAGGCCCAGCGUUCCACACACACACACACUUUCACCUUUUGGUUUAAUUUCAAGUCUGCUGGGGCGAAUGGUGGCCAAGAUCUCAAACGAGGGCUUCUGUCGGUGACAAGGCUGCCUCUGAAGAAAUCUCAAAUUCCUGAUUUGGGUUGCCCUUUAUCAACAUGCCCAUUCUGUUAGCGUUUCUGAGCCAGAUGCUGGCCACCUCUGGUGGGGGAGCUGGGAGCUGGCACUUGUGUCUACCUGUUCCUGAUUUUCCACGUUUCUCUUGGGAUUGCCAGUGCUUACAUGGUUGAGGCUGGGACUUUGCAAGGCUGAAUACCAAGUGACACAUGGCCUGUGUGGUGUCUGCCACACUCCUCUCAGCAGGCCCUGUGGAAUAGUUCCCAUCUCAGCAUCUCAUGGCUGGCCGCCUUAAACCCCCUUCAAAGCCCCCUUUCAUAAAGGGGCUACUUUGAGAGAAAACACGAGGCUCCCGUUGAUGAUUUGUGGGUUUUUUUUUUUUUUUUUUUGGUUUUUCGAGACAGGGUUUCUCUGUGUAGUUUUGGUGCCUUUCCUGGAACUCACUUGGUAGCUGGCCUCGAACUCACAGAGAUCCACCUGGCUCUGCCUCCGAGUGCUGGGAUUAAAGGUGUGCGCCACCACCGCCCGGCUGAUUUGUGCAUUUUUAAAAUGCUUUUCUUCACCUGUCUAGCCCCUCCUCCCUUCCUCAUUAGGAAGCCUAGUGCGUCCACUGAUACCACGACUCCUGUUGUGUGUUAAUAUUCCUCACCCAGGACUCAAUGAGUCAUCUCAAAUCGUGGACUGUGAAUCCAUUUCAUGGACCACUCCAGGGCUGGGGUAGACACAGGGUGAGGGUCUGUUAACAUCAUAUUGUCCUAUUAAUGAAGGCCUUUGAAAAGCACAGGGCCUCUGUUCCUUUUGGUUCUAAUAGCCUGUGAUUGCAGCUGUUACCACCUCCCCAGGAGUCAGCGCAGGGCAGUGAAACACUCUUAAGGACACACAGGACUAGAACCAGGCCCCUGAUCCAGUCUUUCUCCCUCUCUUCCUUUAGGCUUCACAAAUGUUAGAUUUUUUUUUAAAAUAGCUUUAACAUGGUACAUUUUAUUUUAAAACACAGAUUUCUUCAGAAGCUAUCAAGGUCCCAGGGACCAGGUAGAAAGUUUUUAAGAUCAAUGUGGAGUUAAACUUUAUCAGACUACUCAUCUUUGUUACUAGUGCCUAGAACACAGUAGGUGCUCAAUAAAUGCAUAUGAAAUAACUGACUGACUUUCUCUUUUGGCAUCCGUGUGUGCAGAAUACUCAACAAUGUUCAAAGACCUUCCUGUUCACAAGGUAGAAGUCCUUCUGAAUCACUGUUAGAUGAACCUAAUUUUACCUGGAAGAUGCUUAUUUGAUUCUAGAGUAUCUCAUCCUGUGACUGUUGUUCUCCCAGUGGUCACCGCAGCUUAUGGAACCAUGCCAUCCUUUUACUAGGCAAAUCUACUAUCUUACAUGGCUGAAUAUGAAACUGAAUGAAAGCCUGUCAUUAUCUGAGGGAUUGUUUUUGAAAAGCCUCCAUUUGUAUACAUUUGCCCAAACAUAGCAAGUAUUGUACAGAUUUUUCAUUGUAUCAAAUACUUUUCUAAAAAAACUACAAAUAAAGUCUCUUAGGACUGUGA